UUCUCUUUCAGCUGAUUAAUGAUUAAACCUUUUGUUUUUUUUUAAUCUUAAUCAUUAAUGUUUUGACCCUCUAAUCAACUGGUCCAAGUUUUCUUACCUUCUAAUUGUUUGCCUGUGUUGGUCUCUUCUAUUUCUUAUACAUUCAUCUUAAUUUACCUCUGUUUCCAAUCCCUUCAAGUUAAUCAUCUUCUUUGGGUCUUCAUCUCAUUUGAGUUUAUUUUUUUUUUGUUCUUUCAUCCUCUUAGUUUGUGUGUUUAUCCAUCAUGAACAAUUCAGUUGGUUCCACUACCUGUUUCGGUGUUACAGCUCCUCUUAGUACUGCACCACCAACUGAUCUGGACCUUCAGUUGACUACUAAAUUGAUUGAAUGUCUUGAAAUGUUUGACACAUUUGAAUCAGAUGAUUCAAUGCAACACCGGAUGGUUGUUCUUAGCCAGAUGAAUGAUCUUGUACAAAAAUGGAUACGAGAAAUAAGUGAACAGAAAUUAGCUGGUAAUGAGGCAGCCCAACGAAUGUCUGGUAAAAUUUUUACCUUUGGUUCAUUUCGACUUGGUGUCAAUACCAAGGGUGCUGAUAUAGAUACUCUCUUGGUUGCCCCACGUCACAUUGAUCGAGCUGAUUUUUUUAAAUCUUUUGCCACUGAACUUGAAACUCUUCCAAAAGUUGAAUACAUUAGGAAAAUAGAAGAUGCUUUUGUGCCCGUUAUCAAAACCAAGAUUGAAGGAAUUGAAUUUGAUAUUCUUUUUGCUCGUUUAGCUUUAAAAAAUAUACCCGAUGAUCAAGAUUUGAAGAAUAAUGAACUUCUUCGAAAUUUGAAACAAGAAUGUGUUCGAUCUCUCAACGGUUGCCGCGUAACCGAUGACAUCCUUUCCCUGGUUCCAAAUCAUGAAGCCUUCAGACUCAGUUUACGAGCUAUCAAAUUAUGGGCUAAACGACGUGGUGUCUAUUCCAAUGCUCUUGGAUAUUUAGGUGGUGUUUCUUGGGCUAUGCUUGUCGCUCGUACCUGUCAACUAUAUCCGCUUGCAUGUGCUGCAACCGUUGUACAGAAAUUUUUCUUAAUCUUCAGUAAAUGGCCUUGGCCUAAACCUGUUCUACUUCGAGCUUUGGAAGAAGACAGAGCAAAUUUAGGAUUCCCGGUCUGGGAUCCGCGAGUUAACGUUACCGAUAGGUAUCACCUGAUGCCCAUUAUUACCCCUUCAUAUCCACAGCAAAAUUCAACUUUUAACGUCACCCAAUCAACUAAAACAAUCAUGAUUGAAGAGUUUAUCCACGCUCAUGCAAUUUGUAAUAAAAUUGUCAAGGGACACGCUGAAUGGAAAGAUCUUUUCCAAGAGAAUAAUUUCUUCAGCAAAUAUCGACAUUUUCUCAUCAUUAUAGUGGAAUCAAAGCCCGAAUGGCUCGGACUUAUUGAAUCUAAAAUUCGUGUUCUAGUAUCAUACCUGGAACGUCAUAGAUGUAUUAAAUUAGCCCAUGUUAAUCCAAAUUCAUACCAACAAGAAACACAAGAUACACUAGAUACUAAAUUGACGCAGGAAUCGCAAGAAACACAAGAAACAAGCGAAACAUUAGAAACACCAACAGACGAAAACAAUGAACCAGAUACCUAUUGGUUCAUUGGAUUACAUUGUGACAAAUCUGAAGGAAGCAACAUCGAUCUGACAGCCGAUUUACGACAAUUCCUUAACACCGUACGACAAUCGGCUGCAAAUAAAAUGACUACCGAAUAUAAAAUUGAAUUUAAAUAUGUAAGAAAACGGGAUCUUGUCAAUUACCUUCCCGCUCAUGUAUUAAAAUCCGAAACUAAUGCAACAACAACAACAACAACACCAGUUAAACGUAAACUGGAAGAUGAAGAUGACGAUAGCAAACGCGCUAAACAAAAGACUGAACCAAAUGCAGAAAUCACCACAGGAUCCACACCACCUCAAGUAACUGCAUAAAUCAAUCGACACCUCGAAUCAACUAAAAUCACAAAAACAACAAGAAAAACACCCAAAAAUAUGUAUUUCUUUUUCCUCUCUAUCCUCUUUUUUUUGAUAAUCCUUAAUUGUAAUUUUGUAAUUUCUCUUACUUUUGUUUUUUUUUCGAUUUCACAUUAUUGUCUUGUAAAACCUAUUUAUCCACUUUAAUCCACUCAAUCUUGUAAUAAUCGAAAAAGAAAAAAAAAUAAAAAACUUUUCACCCCAA